CCGGAUGCACCCCUCCUGCUGACCCCUCAGACCAACGUCCCUGCGCGCGGUCCUGUCCUCACCACACCUUCGUCUCGUCCUCGCCGGCGGUAUGCUGCCCCUGUUCCUCGUCCUCUCCAUUCUCUCCUUCUUGGACGCAUCCUGCUAUGCUUCCACGCAUGCGCUCCCCCGUUGGAGGCCGGACCUUCGCAGGAGAGGCGCAGGCAAGAGCGGCAUCCAUGCGCGUAACACCCUCGAGGGCAUCGCGACGAACACCCCGACGCAAAACUCGACUAUCGUCCCCAUAGCAUUCUCCUCGGACAAAUCGACGUACUACGCCCUUGCAACUAUAGGGAACGUCAAUCUCCGACUCGCGUUGGAUACCGCGUCCGCGGACCUGUGGGUCGUGUCCUCAAACUGCACGACGAGCCAGUGCAAUCUCCCCAAGUACCCGCUCGCAUUCCAGAGCCCGACAUUCGUUUCCGUUAACUCGAACACAACCGCAUUCGGCGUAAGCUAUGCGGACGGCACAGGCGCAGCAGGUUUCAUCGCGCGAGAGUCUGUAUCCAUAGGAAAUCUGACAGUUCCAACACAAGCGUUUGGUCUCGCCGGGACUUCCAACGUAACCUUCAAGGAUGAUGUCAGCGGGGUUCUUGGUCUAGGCUUCCCAAGGCUGUCAGAUAUCUCUGGCACGAUAUCCAAUGCGACGCCAUUCUUUGCUUCGUUAGCGCAAAACGGUAGCCUUGACUAUCCCGUAUUUGGUCUCAGCCUCACGCGGGAUACCAGCGGCACUCUCACUUUCGGCGCGAUUGACGGCUCCAUUGUUGCGAACCGGAGUCUGGUCGAACUCAACGAAGUCGUGCCGUUUGCUCCAUUUGGGUCUCAGGGCAACUCCUCUAGCUACCUCCAGUGGGCGAUCGUCCUUGACGGGAUCUCGGUCAACGGCACGUCGCUGACUCCGGAACCUACAUACCCAGUCCAGACGAUGAACAACACUAUCGCCCUGAUCGACGUCGGAACCGCCGGGAUCUUUGGCCCAUACCAGGAUGUCGCGCGUAUAUUCUCCAUGAUCGACAGCGCACGCCUCGUGGACGACACUACAGGACAGUACGUCCUGCCAUGUGAUACGCAGGAGACACUGUCCUUCAACUUCGGAGGACGUGAUUUCGUCUUGCAGCCUACGGAUUACAUCAUUGGUCCUGCCGCUGAGAACCCGAACCUCUGCCUCUCGUGGCCCAGGGCGCUUCCUCCAAGCUCGGACGGUAUUGACUGGCAAUUCGGUUCCGCGUUCCUUCGGACGGUUUACUCGAUCUACAGCUUCGGUAUCAACACCAAGGAGCCACCUAUGAUCGGGUUCUACCCCUUGUCUAAUGCGACAACAGUGACCGAGACGCCCCAGCAGGUAUCCUCCUUCCUCGCCUCCGCCUCCGCGACCGUCCCCACCACGCUCCCGAACUUCCUCAUCUCCGUCCCCACCUUCUCCACGCCCUCGUACACGUUCAACGCCUCCAUCUCUGCCCCCGUCGGGAAGAUCGUCGCGACGGGGCUCGCGACGAGCACGUACGUGCCGCUGCUCGGCUCGCACAACCGCAACGCGACCGCGAUCCCGACGCUGACCCCCUCGCCGACCGUCGCGACGCUGAUCCUCACCGACACGAGCGGGCACACGGUCACGACGACGUCGACGGCGUCCGAGAGGUCCAUCACGCUCGGCUCGCCCGCCGCCGGAUGGUCGAACGGCGCGCGGGGUCGUGCGCGGAGCGUGGGCUUCGGCGGGGUGGUCGGCGCGCUGUCUGCGUGCGCGCUGCUGGUGUGGUAGCACGGCAUUACAUAUUUAUGACGCUUUGUGGGCGACGGUCCGUGGACAGUGGUGGACAGUGGACUUUUCUUUAUGCUUGUGUUCGAACUUUAUCCACCAAAUAUACAUAUACUUUAGGUAGCUGCGGCAUACGCAGUCUUAUUCUUUUCUUUUCGAGCUUCGCCUUUCUCUUGUCUUCACGUGCAAGGACAUCUCUAAUCAAUCGUAGCAUUCGUGAGACUAGCUUGUCGUUCGCGAUCCUGCCGUGCAUACACAACCGCAGCAGCUUGCGACGGUUGCCGAGCUCCGGGUGCUUGCCACCUCGGUCGGGGAGAGAAGACCAAAGCAACUUAUACACAUACCGUAAUACACUUCCAACCCUCCAUCGCUCGUUCAUUUGCGAUAGAGUACUUCAC